UGGGAUUUCAAAUUAAAUGGAUGCCAGUAAAAUCAAGGAAAACCUAUACAUAAAUGUAAUAAACACUUUGAAUUUCGAAUACUUCUUAACACAUUUCAAUUUUAUUUAUCGUUCAGCAUUUCUUACUUACUUACUUUACUAUUUAAAAAGGUAUUUUCGAAAACAACCAAGGAAAGUCUAUAAAAAGGUCUGGAUAGAUCAGUUCUUAAACGUCUUCUACUAAUUUCUUAAAGACAAUCGACUCAAAAUUUCAAAUUUUCGACAGAACUCAUAUAUUCACUGGAAAUUACUCAAAAUUUUUGGUAAUACACAUUUUGGUAAGCAAGAGGUCACCGGCUCCAAAUAGUUCUCCCGCCCGCAAGGAAACCCCGAACCCAAAACCACUGCGUCCCUGAAUCUUGGAUUAGCCGUGAUCCAACCGGAAUCCACCGGAAAUGGAGCCAUGUGAUCCUGGGCCGGAGCGGGCCAUGCGGAGGUAUCUAACCCAGCUGCUGGAGACGGGCAGCAACCCAACAACCACCACGACCACCACCGAAUCCACGGGCACGGGCUGCCUGGACCGCUUCCUCGUGAGAGGAAUGGCCAGCUUCCCGCCUUCCCCGCCAGCCUGCUCCUCCUCCACGCUGGAGGGGAAGGCCUCCCGCUGCUCCCUCUUCGAGCAGCUCCUGUGCGGCGGCAGCCGGAAGUCGGAGCGCCUGCUGGUCCCCGACCUGGCCACCGAGUGGUUCCGCAAGCAGAAGGUCUUCCUGGACAAGCUCAGUCCCGAGGAGCUGGCCGCCCUGAGCGACGGACUGGCGGGCAGGAGGAGGAGUGAUGCCUCCUGCCCGGAACGCCGGCACCACGCCCACAAAGCGCAGGAGCAGAGCCAACGGAAGGAGCUGGCGGAGAAGACGAACCGCGUGGCCAAGUGUCUGCCCACCACGGAGCCCCGUUCCACCAAUCCCUUCCUGAUCGGCGGCCAGCGAGCGGAGGAGGUGCGCAGCCGGAGGAGUGGCGGCCGGCGACCGACUGGCUCCUCCUGCGGCGAUCUCCUCCAGGGCGACGGCCAGCCGAUGGCCAGGGAAUGCCUGGCGGCCCGCCGGACGGAGCCGCUGCUGCCGCGUCUGCGACGCAAGUUCGAUUUGCGGCGGGCGCCACAGCGACGGCUCGAUCCGGCGCACUUCCGCCGCAUCUCGCCGGAGUUCUACCGCAUCCUGGCCAGCUACGAGGCGACCAUGAGCGAGCACUGCCCGCUCUACGGCAUCUCGAUGCACCACUGGGGCGACACCGCAACCUGUUGUCCCUGCGGCGAGCGGCACUCCGCCUUCAAGCGGCGCUGCCUGGGCGAAGAUCUGACGGCCACCGUGGAGAUGCCUCCGGGUUAUCCGCCCACCGAAUCGCGACCGAUGGAGCAGCCCGCCAAGAAGCAGCCAUCGCAGCGGAGACCAACGAGGCAAGCGAAGAAGGAGCCGCCGGAGAAGGAGCUGGGAGGAAGGGGCAGCAAAAGCGAGUUCUCCGCCAGGGAGGAUGGGGCCUCCUCCGGUGACGAGCGGAGCCAGGAGCGGAGACGUGGCAAACAGAAGGAUAAUCGGCCAAGGAGUGAGGAGCAGUUCGCGGACGCUCUGGCGAAGGAGAGCCAGCUGACCGUCCAGUCGAAGAAUCCGCCCGAGAAGCGCAGGAAGUUCGGCAGCUGCCUUCGCCAGCAACCGCCGACCUACAGGAGGGCCUUCAACCCAAUGAGCUUUGCUGUGCCGCCUGGUCAGGGGGGAACCUAUUCAUCUGGUAACCCACAUGGUAACUUAGCUGGUAGCUCAUCUGGUAACUCAUAUGAUAACUCAACUGGUAACUCAACUGGUAACUCAGCUGCUCAGAAAUCAUCUGAGCACCGAUCGAAGGGAGUCCUCGGCGGACUAACUGGGAUCUGCAAGCGGUGCAUUGAACCGGGACGCCACUUGCUGUACAACAUGAACGGCAACUACAAGCAGAACCGGGAGCGGUACGGCCAGAAGCAGCAGAGCAAUCGGCGGGAGCAGGAGCCACCUGGAGCGGUCUGCAGGUGUCUCGAAGAGACGGAGGAGGAGGAGAGGGACACCAGCACCACAACCCUGACACCAGCCAAGUCUUCCGAAGUGAACCAGAAUCAGGCGGGGAGCGAUCAGAGCCUGCCCUUUCGCACGCCAGCCAGUGAACGCACUUUGGUGGACGGCAAUCAGGGAAGGGAAACGAGUUACCAGGAAGGUGACCCCAAUUGCGAGUGCAGCCAAAGCCAAGCUUGGGAGAGCUCAGACACACAGCCGAAGAAAAGCGAUUCGUAUUGCCAGUGCGAACAUCCGCAGGAGACCUUCCAACUGCCACCGGUUCGCAGGUGCACUUGCUCGAAGGAGGAGCGGGAGCAAGGGGUUGCCCAGGUCGAGUUGGCUGCUCAGGAGCAAAGGGUGACCCAGAACGAGCUGGCUCCCCAAGAGCAAAGGGUGACCCAGAACGAGCAGGGUCCCCAGGAGCAAAGGGUGACCCAGAACGGGCAGCCUCCUCAGGAGCAAAGGGUGACCCAGAACAAGCAGCCUCCUCGAAGGAAGUCCGCCAACGAGACGGAGUACACAAAGUGCGGUCAGCUUGUGAGGGCCUGCUACCUCGCCAACGAUUACCACCAACUGAUGCGACGUGUGGCCAGGAGAAGACCCAAAGCGAUUAGGUCCAGGGCAUCUAGUGCUAUAAGCUCCCCCCAAAGGAAGGAGCGAAGAUCGGAGGCUUCAGCAGUGCGUCGAGCAUCUCCAAUGGCCCAACCCCAUCCGAACUUCCAUCCAAGGGUUAAACCCAAACCGAAACCGAAACCAAAGGUCGCAAGAGCUCCGUUGCCGGAGGAAGGUCUUCCAAAGCGUUUAUGCACCGCUCAACCACCCACGGAUGUUCCCAAGCUGCGAUGCCGGCGGAAGGUCCAGAAACAGAUGGCAGAUGGUGAGUCCAGCAGGGAGACCUCGAGGGAAACCUCCAGUCUCAGCUUGGACACUUGCCAGGCGAAAAGCAGCCAGCAACAGGAAAUCAUAAGAUCCAGGCCGCAACAGAAUCGGAGUUCUGCGCCCAAAGGAUCCUCAAGGGGCUCAUCGCCACGAAGGGAGGAAAGAGCUAGUCUUCCGAUGAAGCGGAGACCCGAUGCCAAUCCAGUCAAGAACCGCCAUCAGCGGAGAGCCUCCUCCUGCAGUUCAUCUGGAAGGUCGCGACGAGAGCGCUCCUCAAGCGGCCAAUGGGAGGAAUCCAAUGCAGCAAGUCCGCGUCGCCAGUCCGAGACGAGCUCCAAGGUCUCAGGUGCUUCCUGCUGGCCACCGGAAGGGCAGCAGCAAGGUCAGGGGUUCCAGUCCGCCCACUUGUAUCCCCUGAACUCCGGUGCAGCCUCUUCCAACCAGUAUUCGGAUAAGUGGGAGCAGGAGGAUGCCCAAACUGAGUGCGGCUGCUCCUGCACGAGAAAGCCAACGAUCGAAUGGAGCACCUCGCACGGCAUUAGUGGUGUGGUGGUGGAUCCAUCGCGGAGCUCGGGGUUUCCCCGCACUGCACCCUCGCACUUGGAGACGGGUCGUCGCUACUACACGGACACCCAGCCGGGCGGUCAGGAGUCGAGAUCCGGGUGCAGCUGUCGCUCGCUGCGCUCCUCGAACUCGAUCCGGGCACUCAGCUCCAACACGGACAGUGUCCGCUGUCCCUGUGCGCCGGCUCCAUCGGUGGCCAGUGUGCAGGCGCCGCGGCAGGAGCAGCAGCACACUGCCAGUGGAGAGGAGCCGUGCUUCUUCUGCAACCACAGCAGUCCUCAUCAAUUGCGGCGAUCCGAGGAGCAGCCGUAUCUGCAGUCCAGUCCGCCACCGAAGUGCGCCUGCCAAGGCAGCAAGCGGCCAGCGUAUUUCAGUGGAGCACUGAAGUGGGAGCCACAACAGCACCACCACGCCAGGACUCUUCUGAGAACCCAGCGUUCGCCGCCUCCCAGGCACCAGCAGGUGGGUCACUAUCCCCAGUACCCGGCGGUGAAUCAGCAGGUGCAACAACCCGGCGAGUGGAAUCCGGACUACCCCUAUCAUCAUCCGGAAGUGGCCAACCAGCGAUGGCGAGAGGAGGCUGAGAACGCGCAGUACUUCAGGGAGAACAACUAUCCAAUAGGCGGCGAUCACCUGAGGAACAACCCCUAUUGUGUUGGACAAGGCAACUACCUCGCCAGGCCAGGAAGAGAUCGAGCUGGAGCCGUAACAGCCGCUGCCCAGGGACUUCGGGGAUUGGUGAAGGUUGGGGGAGCUCGAUACAAACGAAGCCACGAUUCGCAUCUGCAGCCAAAUUAUUACCGGGAAGGUAAUGAUACCUCCGCGAAUCAAAGCUGCUAUUAUGAGGAAGCGGGAGUAGGAAAAGGCGGGCAGCCUCCAUUGAAAGCUACGUGGUUACCGAGGCACCAACUCUCAAUGGAGGCAGCAUCCCAAGGGGUACCAAACCACUCGGUGUCCUCCUAUUACAACAGCUACUCGAGAGCAAAUAGCAUGUAUGGGUAUAGUGAAGGAAACUACUCUUUGGAAGAUGAACGAUCCACAAGGAGUGACGUAAGACGAACCACGGAACGGGAACCACAACGGUGGUACGGAAUGGAUUCUCAAGAAGGUUCCUACCGAUUGGCAGGAAAAAGACCAUUCAGGGAAAGGGAAGGAGGAGGAUCCGCGAACGUUCUUUUCCUUGGUUCCGACACGAAUUACCACAACGAGAUCGCAAGUAGGAGAAACACUCCUGUUUCGAAAAGAGGACGAAAUGUGGCAGGAGCAUCACCGCUUUUCGAAGAACCUCCGAGUUCGCCAACCCAAACGCCAUUGGCUAUUUUCCUGGACAGGUUGAGAGCCAAGCACGCCCUCUCCGAAAACGUGGUUAAAACGAUGCAGCAGCCCAGAAAGGUGGUCACCAUGGAGCACUUUCCGCGAACCAAGCGAAUGGAAAGCCACGACUGCUGCUCCUUCAGUGACGACGAUGCGGAUGCAGAUGAUUGCCUCGACUGGCGGGACAGACGAUUGAGCAGUGGCUCCGAGGAGGCCAUUGUCCUCCCGACCACCUACACAGGUCUCCUCGAGGAGCAGGUCCUCGACGAGUACCUGCCCAGGCCUCGCUUCAAGCGGAGGACUCAGGAGUUCUAGCUUAAGUCACUUUGUUAUCCCCUUUCAUUUGCGAAGACAACAAACUACAGUAAAUGUAUCAUUGGUUUGUUCAAUUAAAUGGUGUUGUCUCUCCAA